AUGACAGGAAGACAAAAUCCAACUUAUGCCACUGGACUCCUCUUGGCACGUCGGGUUCUCAAGACACUUGAGAUGGAUGAAGAGUAUGAGGGAAAUGUUGAGGCUACUGGAGAGGAUUAUUCUGUGGAGCCAGGUGAUUCCAGGAGGCCAUUCCGUGCUCUUCUUGAUGUUGGUCUUGUUAAGACCACAACUGGAAACCGUGUCUUUGGUGCUCUGAAGGGUGCAUUGGAUGGUGGUUCGGAUAUUCCUCACAGUGACAAGAGGUUUGCUGGUUUUGAUAAGGAAAAGCAGGAGCUUGAUGCUGAGGUUCACCGCAAAUAUAUCUUUGGUGGACAUGUUUUUGCCUAUAUGAAGAUUUGGAUUGAAGACGAACCAGAGAAAUAUCAGACUCAUUUCAGUGAGUAUAUUAAGAAGGGAAUCGAAGCUGAUGGACUUGAAGAGCUUUACAAGAAGGUUCAUGCUGCCAUCCGUGCAGACCCGACCAUUAAGAAAUCUGAGAAGAAGCCUCCAACACAGCACAAGAGAUAUAAUCUGAAGAAGCUUUUACCCCAAAGUUUCACUGCAGUAAAAAACAUAGCCAUUAGUCAAAGCUGUAGAAUUUCAGAAAAAUUCCCAAAUUGGCAUUAA